AUGGCUUUAUUAAUAUAUAUUAAAUUGAAAGAAACAUAAGAAUAUAAAUUAAAAUUCUAUUUUAUGCAAGUUAAAUUGUUUAAAAAUAUAGAAAAGAUUCAAAAUUUAUUUACAUUUUAUACUUAGUAAAAUAUAAAUAAUUUAAAUGAAUCCUAUAUCUCUGCAUAGAUGAAUUGA